AUGGAUUAUAUUUCAGAUGAAGCUAUGUAAAAUUAACCAAAAAAGCCUUAAAAUGCUUAUAUGUUAUAUAGAGCAGAGGUUUAUGAAGAAGUUAAAAAGAAAAAUUAAGAUAAAAGCAUGACUGAGUUAACUUAAGUUAUUUCAUAAAUGUGGAAUGAUUUAGAUAAAAAAAAAAAAGAGGUAAUAGUAAAUUUCGAUUAAGAAAUAUGAAAAUGAAAAAGAGAAAGCUUAAAAUUAAUAUAAAAAAGAUUAUGAGGCAUGGUUGAAGAAAUAUAAAUUAGAUGAAGACAAAGUUAAAAAUUGUUUAAAGGAAUUAAAAUAAGAAAAGAAAAAACAUAAAAAAGGAUCAAAAAAAGUAACAAAAGCAGCUAAAGAUGAUGAAGAAAGUGAAGAUGAAGAUGAAUAAAGAAUUUAACAAUUAAAAAAUAAAAAUUAAAAAAAAGAUUAGAAAGAAUAAAAAGAAUAAAAAGAAAAAAAAGAAACUAAGGAAAAAGAAAAGGAAAAAGAAAAAUAAAAUCAGAAAGAAAAAGAUUAAAAAGGAAAUAAGAAAAAAUGA